GCGGCUUCCGUCGCCGUGCGCUUCUCUUGUUUUGAUUCCUGGCGGUCGCAGGUAAGAUGGCGGCUGCGCUGGAGCGAGUGAGGAUUUCCGCCUCCGACUUACGGGAUAUCCUGGCAGCUGGAGAGAGUGUGAGGAGCGGAGACAACAUGAAAGAAAUUAAGGAGCCGAGAGUGAGAAAAGGGUACAGACGUCCAGACAUUGAGAUCUACAAACCAGGGCUAUCCAGGCUGAGAAUUAAGCCUAAGAUAGAUACAGCUGGGGAGGAUGGUAACCAUUUGGAAGAAUAUAGAGGUGAAGAUUGUACAGAGAAUCUGCCCUCAAUGGUGAAUGGUGGGAGUGUUGCAUCUCUAAUUGAGGAUCAUAGAAAAGAUGCUGGGGAUCUUGAACAGAAUGGCCUUUCAUGUGGGCUCUCAGAAGAUCAAGAUCGAAAAGUCACAAGAAGAACCAAGAAACCAGACCAACAAAUAUACCAGGCUGGAAGACGUGGGCAGCUUCCUGUGAAAGAAACAGUGAGUGAAACAACCAAAGAAGACUUCAUAAGAAAAACAGAAAAACUAAAAAUUGUUGAUGAGGAAGAACAUGAGAAGUAUACGACAAAAGACUCAAAGCCAGCAAACCAUGCCUUAUCUCAGGAAGAAGGGAACUCGAACAACAAGGGUGAGAAAUGGAAGAAGGCUGAAAGGGAGCGAACUAAUAAGACAGUCGAGGACUUGUCCAAGGCAAAAACUGAUGAAGAUGAGAGGAAGAUUGGCUCCACCAAAAGAUAUUCCCAUUCUGAUAAACGCCGAACUCGCACCCGAAAUUGUAGCACAAGCUCUGCUGGUAGUAACAAUAGCAGUGAAGAUGCUCUUUUGACAAAUGUAAAUAAGGUGCGUCAAGAGAGAACAAAACCAGUUGGAGAUCGGAGGGAAAAAGGACGCUUAAAGAAACAGGUAUCUCUUUCUUCAACGGACUCCUUCGAAGAAGAUGUUAGUGAGUACUUUGAAAGUCCUCUGUCAAACCGGUACCGGGAAAAAAAGAAGCAGCUUCCAGGAGACAAGGGCCUGGUAUCCAAAGGCAGUAGUGAUAGGAGAUCAGUCAGCAGGGAUAACACAGAAAAGAGUACACAUGUAGAAUCUGCACUACGAGCUAGCAGAAAUGAAGAAAAUAACAGGAGAAGAGAUGGUAGGGCUGCCCGUCCCCAUAAUUCUGAUUUAGGAAAGGAACAAGUUAGGGAGAAGUCGGCAGAACCAACAAGCAAAGGAAGGGGCAUCCUUAUCCUACCAGCCAAUACUGACUUGUCAUCUGCUGUAGAAGCAAACCACAAUAACACAAAGCCUCUCUUCAUUCCCAAUGGCAACAAAGGGCUUCGUGCCAGAGGGCGCGGAGGUGGAAAUCGACGAUUAUGGGACCCAAAUAACCCUGAUCAAAAACCUGCUCUUAAGCAUCAGAGCCCUCAGCUACACUUUCUGGACACUGAUGACGAAACUUCUCCUUCCUCCCAGGGUGAAGCUUACCAGUCUCUUAACCAGCCAUCGUAUUACAAGUUUCAAAACUCUGAUAACCCCUACUAUUACCCACGCUCACCAUUUCCCUACGGUGGUUUCUCAAUGCCAUAUUCUGUGGGUACUAGAAAUGGCAUGUACCCAGGUGCUUAUUAUUCUGGAUAUCCACCCCAGCCUGGGCACUUUGCUUCUGGGCCAUAUUCUGGUAGCCCCUUAACACCAGAAGAGAUGGAGCGGCAGGUGAGGACUCUGCAGCAGCAGGAACUUAAUCAUAUGCUUAGGAUGGCAGAUAACCAGGAGCUUCAGCUCAGCAACCUUCUGUCUCGUGAUGGAUUCAGCACAGAGGGGUUAAAUAAAAUGGCGUUACUAAGGUCAGAGCUGUUUCAGGUGUAUGAAUGCUGCCUCCUGUCAAACAUAGAACUCUCUGACCAGCAUAAUGUGGAUCAGUUGCUCUGGAAGAAUGUCUUCUACCAAGUCAUUGAAAAGUUCAGGCACUUCUUAAAGGAGCCAUCCUCUGACAGUGAAGAAAUCCGCCGGAAACUGCUUCAAGUUUUGGAUGAAGGCACAGCAUUCUUUGACAGCCUCCUGCAGAAGCUGCAGAUGACAUACCAAUUUAAAUUAGAGGAAUAUAUGGAUGGCAUGGCAAUCCGCAGUAAGCCUCUGCGUAAAAUGGUUAAAUUUGCCUUGAUUAGUGCACAGCGCUGUAUGAUCUGUCAGGGUGACAUAGCCCGUUACAGAGAGCAGGCAGCAGAUACCAGCAACUAUGGGAAAGCUCGCAGCUGGUACCUGAAAGCUCAGCAGAUUGCUCCCAAGAACGGUCGACCAUACAACCAGCUGGCUCUCUUGGCUAUCUAUACUAGGCGGAAACUGGAUGCAGUUUAUUACUAUAUGCGCAGUCUGGCUGCCAGCAAUCCCAUACUGACUGCUAAAGAAAGUCUCAUGAGCUUAUUUGAAGAGACCAAGAGGAAGGCCGACCAGCUGGAACAAAAGCAGCAAAAAGAAAGAGGAGCCAGUCACACGAAUGAUGAUGCCACACGUUCAGAGAUCUGGAUUCACCCCAUACGUGGAGGCAGGGAGUCUGGGGAACGUGAUGCACUUGACACUUUAAGCCCGAGUGAUCUGAACAAACGCUUCCUGCUCAGCUUCCUGCAUGCCCAGGGGAAGCUCUUCACCAGGAUUGGGAUGGAAACGUUUCCCCUGGUGGUAAACAAGGUACUGAAGGAGUUCCAGGCGUUGCUGCAGCACAGUCCAUCCCCGAUCGGCAGCACCCGCAUGCUACAGCUCAUGGCUAUUAAUAUGUUUGCUGUCUACAACUCCCACAGUAAAGAUUGCCAAGCAGAGGACUAUCGUUCUGUAAUGCAAGAGCAAGCCACCUCUCUGGGUCUUUCUAUGUUUUCCCUGCUGGUGUCCAGAUGCAUUCAGCUGCUAAAAGUGCUAAAAAAGGCCCAGCAUAGUGCAAAAGGAAAAGGGCAAACUAUGGAGGAGGAAGAAGAUGAUAUUAAAGUUUCCUCAUUCUUGCCUGAUUUAAAGGAGCUACUUCCCAGUGUAAAAGUAUGGUCAGACUGGAUGCUGGGCCAUCCUGAGACAUGGAACCCUCCACCCAACUCACUCCCUGACCUCAAAGAGCCUAUGAUAGACGUGUGGGGAGUGUUGGCAGAGUUUUGCAACACUUUGACCUCUGUGAACCAGUCCGAGGUCCCUCUUUAUAAAGACCCUGAUGAUGACCUUUCACUCCUUAUCCUGGAAGAAGACCGUCUUCUCUCUGGCUUUGUCCCACUUCUGGCUGCCCCCCAGGAUCCAUGCUACGUGGAGAAGACUUCAGACAAGAUUAUUGCUGCGGAUUGCAAGCGGGUCACAGUCCUGAAAUAUUUCCUGGAAGCAUUGUGCGGACAAGAAGAGCCUCUGCUGGCAUUCAAGGGUGGAAAAUAUGUGUCAGUGGCACCCGUCCCAGACACUAUAGGAAAGGAAACAGGAAGCCCAGAGGGAAACCAACUGGAAGAUCAGGAUGAUGUAGUGAUUGAAGAGUAUGAAGAGGAUUCAGAACCAGAAAGCAGCGGGGCAGAGCAUGGUUUCAGAGAACUUCGAGCCAAGAAACAGGCACUAGCCAGGAAGGUUGAAGAGCAAAAACGUCGUCAACGGAAGAUUCAGGCUGUCCUGGAUGGAAAGACAAGACUUCUACAACUGGAAAUCUGUCCAUUGUUUCUUGUGCCGGACACAAAUGGAUUUAUUAACCACCUUCCUGGCCUUGAGCAUCUCUUGUCCUGCCAGAUAUAUAUCCUGGUCAUCCCUCUUAUAGUUAUCCAUGAGUUAGAUGGCCUUGCUAAGGGUCAAGAGUUUGAUCAGCGCAACGCAGACCAUGCAAGGGCACUUCAGGAGAAAGCAAGAAAAGCCAUUCAGUUCCUGGAGCAAGGUUUUGAGGCUCGUGAACCUUACCUGAGAGCACUUACUAGUCGCGGGAAUGAGCUGGACUCCAUUGCUUUUCGUAGUGAAGAUAUCUCUGGGCAGAAGGGUAACAAUGAUGACCUUAUACUUUCCUGCUGUCUACAUUACUGCAAGGACAAUGCAAAGGAAUACAUGCACUCAAGGAAAGAUGAACCCAUCCGCUUAAGAAGGGAAGUUGUUCUUCUGACUGACGACCGCAACCUCAGAGUAAAGGCUCUGACUCGGCACGUCCCUGUCCGUGAUAUCCCGGCAUUCCUCAAGUGGGCCAAAGUGGGGUGAAGCAGAUUUUGGAAAGGAACAACCCUUAUGUGCAAGAAAGAAAAUAGAAGAAUAUACAGUGUGUGACCCAAAGGGGUGAGAGGUCGUUACAGGCAGCCCUGAUAAAGCAACCAACCUCCCCCUGCCAAACCACACAUGCACUCCAGGCUCCAACUCACCACCUGCAAUAAACUAAAGCAAAAAUGUCCCAUCAAGCACCCUCCUAUCAUAAGAGCACUGUGAGCUGUGUGUUAGCACAGAGUAGUGUGGGUGGGGGGGGGGGCAUACACAAUCAUGGAAAUUGUCAGUGUGUGUUGGUUCUUACUGGUCUGAGGGAUGCCGAUUUAGAGGGGUGAACAUUCACAGCAGGAAGUUACUAAAGAAAUCUCCCACCCUUUAAUUUUUGUCUUUCCUAUGUAGAAAGCUCCUACUUGUAGCACUUUGCUUUAGUGAGGCUUGAACCUCAUUGAGUUUUGUAAGCCUCACUUGCAGCAAUGUGUUGUCCUUUCUCUGCACCCAUUUCCUAGAGCCUUUAUCUUUUGUUUUUCUAUGCUGUUUUAUAAUUAAGUUUUUAGUUUAUGAUGUGUGUGGUUUUGUUUUUUUUAGUAUGCCUUUUGAUGUAUGGGGAAAGCCUGUGGUAAAAAUGUGUAGCUUUUUACUCUGCUGCCAUCUAAAUUUUUAGUUGAAGAUCUCCGGUCUGUGAGAUGUAUGUUGUUUGCUUCUUUACUCUGAUUUUAGGCAUCUUCUCUUUAGCUUCUUGUUAGCUUGUGGUGGGAGAGACUUGGAUUGUGUGUUUCUCAUUUUGGCAGCCAGAUAUAUUCCUCGCCCAUUAGGUGCAGGGAUAUGCUUCGGAGGUACAACCAUUAGGUAAUAGGGAUAUGGGGCUUUAAAAAGACUAGAUUGAUGUUCUUCCGCUUCUUGACCGAACGCGAACACUGAACACACCAGGUUACACAGAUGUUCUCGGCAGGUUUCCCUGGCAGUGAAUGAGCUCAGCAGUUUCUGUCAUUGCUGGCCAAGACUUGACAUCUGAAAAUCCUAAAAGUCUUCUUUAGGUCCUGAUGUCAUCCUUUCCCCUAAUUCUUUAUAAGAUCAGUCUGUGGGGAUAAAGGAAGAGAGCAACCACAUGGGCCUAGCUACAUCCUCUUUGGCCUCCCUGUUUGCUUAACAUUUAACCCUUUAUUACUCGCAGAAGAUGUUAACACUUCAAUGCCAGCACAUUUUGGGCAAGUAAAGGAAUUUCAGUGCUCUUUGUCGAACAUCAAAAUACGCAGAAAUUGUGUUAAUUAACAUCUGCCAGCCAGCAUUACCGUGAGGAUAGGUCUGUUAAUAUAUGACCAUGAGAAUGUGUGUUGAACAGCUAAGUGGCUUUAACUGUAUGCUGUGCUAGGGAUGGAUAAGGUAUGAAAGCGUUGAAGGUUCACUCGAGAGCAGGGAAAUAAUGUAUUUUAGCUGACAAAUAUGGAGGGGUUUUUUUUUUUUGCUGUUUUACAUUUUUGUUUGUAUAUAAUUUGUGUUUCAUUAGGUAAAUAAGAAAAGGCCAGGUAGAUUUAUGGUGUCAUGUAGAUGGUUUAAACUUUCUAAUGGCUUCUAAUACAAGUGCAUCAGUGUUUCCACUAUGGAUGUAGAGCCAAAUGCUAUAGUGAUACUGCAGAAUAUGUCUGUUAUAUUUCCCAUCACAACUUUCCUCUAUAUGCCGAUUUGCUUAUUAUUUCACCAUUAUGAGCAUUUCUUGUGUAGUGUUGCACAGAUAUAUAGGUGAUCUCAUAAACUGCAAAUACCUAACUUAAGGGUCCAUUAAAUACACACACGCGUAUAUUUACAUGCAAAAGCGUAUAUUUCCCUAUGGUUCUCCAAUUAUUUUUAUUGCCAUCUAAAGAAAACAAUAUCCUUUUAAAAAAAAUAAUAGGGCUUAUCUUUUGUUUAUGGCAUGCCAUGGAGUGUUAGGGCACAGUGUGUUGCGUGCACAUGCAUACCAUCUUUCUUUGUAUUUAUACCUAUGUUAUUUGAUUUGGCAAAGAUAAACAAGAAUAUAUUGUGCAGACUGCAGUCAAUCCCGCUAGCAAUGAUCCUACGUGGAUGGUGAACCUUUGCGCUGGUUCCGACUCAUCUCAAAACAUUUUCUUAGGGAACAGUGAUAAUUGCACCGUUUCGUACAUGACCACUGGGUAUUCUGCCCGUUCAGUCUAUGGCGAAUAUGUACAGUAAACAACUUGGUAGUUCUUAAACACUUGCAUACAUGCAAAAGCAUAUAGAUUGAAUACUCAACUGCUUAUUUAAGUGUAAAUAUAUAGAAAUGCGUUUCAUUAUAGUUUACCUUUAAAACGACCCAUUGCCUGAGUACUAUGUUGUCUUUGUGUUUCUCAGAUCUAUAAGUCUUUUCUUAGGGGGAAAAGAAUCCCUUUGAUCACAGUUUCAAGUACAAUGUGUGUUUGGAUAUUUUGUGAAUAUGUAGCAUGUCUCGCCGUAGCACCUCCCAAGUGAUCCCAAUUGCUUAGCCAUCACUAGUUAUGUAUUCGCUUAUGUUUUAGGAUGCUCUAUAUUUCUGCAAUUUAUCAAAGACCUUGUGCUUAGGGGUGUUUUAGGUGUGAGCCCUUUGCACUUGUAGUGGAUCAGUGUGUUAUAGCCUGCAUAUUCUCACUCAUGUGCAUACCAUGCUUCAUAACGUUUUCUUACUUACACACUCUCAAUAAAACUUGUUUUAAUAAUAA